AGGUAAACGCAUUGUUGUCAAAUAGUAGUGUCAAACGAACGACGAUGUAAUAUCACAGAACUGCAAGAUGCCUGGACUGAUUGCUUUUAACAGAAGAUGGGGAAUAGGGUCAGAUGAUUUCGUCUUCCCAGAACUCCUCGAGUUAUGUUUGCGUGUAAUUUGGUUAACAGUGAUUGCGAUUGUAUAUAGUGUGCACAGUGAAUCCAUAUAUCAAUGCAAAGAUGGAAAUCUGUUGAAGAUCUACUACAUUGGUUUCAUGGCUCUGCUAAGUGUGGCAAUUAUAAUAUGCGCAUGUAUAGUGUAUGUGAGUAGCCGAGGCACUAUCAUGAUAACUGGCCCCAGAAAAAAGCUUGCCAAAUUACUGUAUUUAAAACUAGUCAUCACAGUUCCAGAAAUUGUCUGGAACAUUCUAGGAACAUACUGGUCAUUUUUACGUUCCAGUAACUGCCAGGUUUUUGUUGUUAAGACCGUCCAGGGGGCAGUCCUCACAGGAUGGAUUUUAGGAGUGUUGGUCAUUAUAGGGAUAAUAGUAGUGUUUGAUCCACUUGGAAAAUUAAAUAAGAUAAAACCUAGGAUUUCUGGUGAAUUACAAAGCAAAGAAUCAACACAGUUUUUAGAAGGUGCUAUGAGUGCUGCCAAAAAGGCCUGGGAAAAAAGAUGUAGACUUUUAUGCUGUUGUGUACUGGGGGAUGAACAGAGCAAGGAUGCUUUUGAUGAAAUCAGUCAACUUCUAGCAGAUUUCUUCCAGGACCUGGACUUGGUGCCUACUGAUAUUGCAGCUGGUCUAAUCUUAGUACAAAGGGAUCAGGAAAAACUCUUCAACAGUGGUGGCAAGUCUUACAACACGUUUGCAGAGCUUCAAACAAGUGUAAAAGCACCUGUUGGCAGCAGCAAUGAUACCCCCAUAGGCCCUACCCCCUGGAUGACUUCCACAAACAUGCAUCACUACAUGAAGUAUGCAGCAGGCAGUUAUGGGUGGCCUAUGUAUAUGUUUACUCAUCUAGCAACUGGGCUCUGUCGACUUUGUGGGGCAUGUAGAUGCCACACUUGUUACCAUGGAGGUGAAGUCAUAGAUGACAACUGUUGUCAAUGUCACACGGCGGCCAUUAGGCGACAGACAAACAUAGCAGAUCAAGACCUCCCCUAUGUCACCUUCCAUAACAAGAUUUUUCAGAUCCCAUUCUAUGUAGCAAUAGACAGAGCUCACCAGACAGUGGUCGUGUCCGUCAGAGGAACUUUAUCACUGAAGGACGCUGUGACAGAUAUGUCUGCAGAAUGUGACCCUCUUGAAAUGUUAGAGGAUGGGAAGGCACACCGAGGCAUGCUCCAGGCAGCUAAAUACAUCCAGGAACAACUGCAGUCUAAAAGCAUUCUAGAUGCAGCAUUUCAACAAGUUCAGGGUGCUGGACUGAUGAUUUGUGGUCAUAGUUUAGGAGCUGGUGUAGCCUCAUUAUUAGCUCUGUUACUGAAGUCUGAUUAUCCAGAUGUGCGGUGCUUUGCUUAUUCUCCACCUGGAGGUCUUUUGAGUUACAAUGCUAGUGUUUUCUGUCGAGACUUUAUUUGUUCUGUGAUUCUGGGAAAGGACUUCAUUCCAAGAUUAGGUCUUGUUUCCAUGGAGGAUUUAAAAGCAAAGACAUUACAAUGCAUAGCUAAUUCCAAAAUACCAAAGUACAGGAUUUUAGUGGCCGGGGUAUGGGAGCUGUGUUGUAGCUGUAAGGAUGACAGUCCAAUCUCGGAUCUGGAGGACACAGCAAAUCUUGUUGAGGAGAACAGGACAAAUUCCUCCAAGAAAUCAAUAGAGCAAGCAAUCCAAAACACAAUACAGGCACGUGAAGAGUACAAGAUAACACACACACCUAUGUACCCCCCGGGACAGGUCCUACACAUACAGGAAGUGGAUACAGAAAGGAAAUGUUUUGAAGAUCCGGCUUACUUUGCUGAGUGGAAAGAUCCCAAGGAUUUCACAGAGAUUUUAGUUUGUCCAGAAAUGGUGUAUGAUCACUUCCCUGAUAAAGUACUGAAAGCACUGGAGCAGCUCAGUCAGAAAAACUUCACCCCUAGAUCCAAAUUCAAGAGCCAAUCUGCGGAUACAAAUGUCUAACCAUUGUCAUUUGUUGAGUUUAUUUUAGUUAUGAAUAAUGCUUGUGUAUUAUUCAUCAACAAUAAUUAUCCUGAUAACCGUAGAAAUAAUCCCCAUGUUUAUGGUUUUUCUACUUUUUGUAAUUAGCAUACUUAACUGAGUGAAUAUCCACAUUAACAGUAUACAUAAUUUUAUGACGCCAAGAGCAUGCAGGACAUUCUCAAAUGGUUAUAAAAUUUCUUUUUUUAUUUGCAAUUUUAUUCUGUUUGUUUUAUUCAUAUUUCAUAAUGAAUUGGUGCUUUAUAAAAGGUAUAUACAUAUGUAUUAUUAAACCAUAAUUAAUUAAUCGUUGGAUUGUUUUGUGUAACAAACAUUGUGAAAUGACAUUUCGUCUUCCACAUACAGUUCAAAUCUUAGAGUAAACUAUAGUCCCUAAGUUUAAAAGUCAAUCAGUACCAUAUCUUGAUGCCUAAAAAAAUAUUUGUUGCAAGUGGUAGAUUUAGAAAAAGUCUGGAAGACUGAAUAUGGAUAUAGUUUUAAAUUUAAUUGUUAUAUAUUUUUAACCUCUUAGUGAACCAAAUAUUUGCAUGUAUAUUUGCUUUAUUAAUUUCUAAAUGACCUCAUGUAUCCUGAAGUAUAUAUUUUUAUAUAUGUAGAAGGAAUGACAAUUUGUUGUACAUUUUAAGGCUCCAUUUCUUUAUCCUCAUUUUUUAUUCAUUAUGCCUCCUUUCUACAUGAUAGUAGGGAGUUAGAAUAUAGAAUCUGUCUGCUUGUUCAUCUGUGUAAUUGUGUCUUGGAAUAUAAAUAUGUUUCUUUUUGUGAGCUGUUCAAUGGAAUCUGUACUUGAUUUAAUGUUUGGAUUUCCUAAUUAAUGUAAAAAAAAAUGUGCUGAAGAUCAAUAUAGUAAGAACAUUUCAAACUUGGUAUAUUAUAUUAUAAAGCAGACAUAUCACUAAAUUUUGACUAUCUUUAUUUCAAAAUCGAGAUUGAACAACUGGACAUCAUAUCUUUAAUAAUACAUGUAUAUCACAACUUAACAUAUUUUUGCAUUUAAUGAUCACCAUUUCUAUUUUUUUUUUUUUUUAGACCUUAUUGAUAGAUGACUGAUUGAUAUACUUAUUCAAUUUGUAUAAAGAAAUGAAGAUAUAAUCACAUGCGUGCACAAUAUCAAUGUCACAGUCAUGAUGUGAUAAAUGCUCACUUGAUAAAAUGUACUUCCAGUUUGUAAGGAACUGUAAGACAGUUCUAUUUGAGAAAUAAAAUUGUUGAUGAUUUA